AUGUCAGUUUUUGAACAUUUAGAAUUUAAACCGCCUGAUCUCAUCUUUGGACCUGCGGAAUUAGCAAAGAAUGAUCCUCAUCCGGACAAAGUUGAUCUUACUGUUGGUGUAUAUAAGGGUAUUGAUGGUAAACCGUUUUUGUUCAAUGCAGUAAAAAGGGCUAAGAAUGCCAUUGUAAAUGAUGUAAAUGAAUUCGAGGAGUAUCUUCCACUUAGUGGUCACGAAAAGUUUACAAAUGAAGCUAGAAACUUAAUUUUUAACGAACCCUGUUAUAAUAAUGAAGAUUUUGCGAAGUUAUGCAACAGAAUUUUGUCGAUUCAUACUGCAUCUGCAACAAAUGCAUUAUUUUUGGGACUUCUACUAAUUAAAAAGAACAUUCCAUAUGCAAGGAAAUUUUACGCUAGCAAUCCCUGCUGGGUAGCAUACAAGACAAUAGCAACUGGUCUGGGUUUAGAAUAUGGAGAAUACACAUAUUUUGAUUAUAAAACGGGGGUUUUAGAUAUUGACGGGCUUGUACAAUCAUUAAAUUCGUACAACAAGGGAGACAUUAUCAUGCUCCAGGUUUCCGCUCAUAAUCCUACUGGAGUUGAUCCAAAUCAUGAGCAAUGGAUUCAGAUUCUUGAAAUUAUUAAAAAAAAGGAACUAAUCCCAUUUCUGGAUUGUGCAUACCAAGGAUUCGCCUCCGGUGAAUUAGUUGAAGAUGCCUAUCCAGUUAGGUUGUUUGCAGAGGCGAAUAUUGAUGUUUUUGUUGCUCAAUCUUUCUCCAAGAUUAUGGGAAUUUUCAGUGCUAGACUGGGUGUUUUACAUCUUGUCAUGAAAAAGGAGGAUGAUGAGAUGAAGAAAAUUAUUAAUUCCAAUAUGGUCAGAUUGGCAAGGUCUUGUUACGGCUCUCCCACUAGACACGGCGCUGAAAUCGCCUACCGAAUCAUGAGUACCCCUGAUUUACGGAGUUUAUGGUCCGAAGAAUUGGAUGGUUUAAUAAAACGUAUCAUUGCUAUGAGAAGAAAAUUGUAUGAGACUUUGGUUGAUAACAAGGUACCUGGUUCUUGGGAGCAUAUUAUAAAACAAAGAGGAAUGUUCGCCUUUUUAAAUAUCUCCCCUGAAGCUAUUGAAAGGUUGAAGGAUGAACAUCAUGUGUACAUUAUUAGUAACUCCAGGAUAUGUGUGGCUGUGUUGAAUGAUCACAAGAUCAAUCACUUUGUAAAGGCACUGUAUAGUGUACUUACAUAA